GCUGCGCGGGGGGUGGGCGUGGCUGGAAGCCGGCGCUAGGACCCGCCGGAGCGCCGCGGACGUCAUGGAGCGGCGCCUGGGCCUCUGGUUGAGCGCGAGGCGCGAGUGAUCGGUCGGUGGUUUCCCUCGCGGGGCCCUGGCCCCGAGUCCGGAAUCGAGGCCGGAGUCGGUACCGGGGAAGAGGAGAAGGGCGGGAUUCCCUCAGGGGAAGAAUCCAGCCUGGCAGGAGGUGAAGUCUUAUUCCAGCCUAGUUUCGCUUUCCGCGUGUCCGGCUUCACGCUACCCGCCCUGCGCAUCCAGCUGUUCCCUCUGCGGCGGUGCCCUUUAUGCGGGCACAACUCUGGCCUUAUCUACUCCCAGGAGACUGCAGGGCGAGGCGGCCAGUGCACAGAGGCUGAUCGCGGCGCAGCUGAUGCCUCCGAGCUCUGACGCCAGCGUGGGGGCUCCUUCCCAGCUGCUCCGGUGUCGGGAAGGAUGACCACGCUCACGCGACAGGAUCUCAACUUUGGUCAAGUGGUGGCCGACGUGCUCUGCGAGUUCCUCGAGGUGGCGGUGCACCUGAUCCUCUACGUGCGUGAGGUUUACCCGGUGGGCAUCUUCCAGAAGCGUAAGAAGUACAACGUGCCUGUCCAGAUGUCCUGUCACCCGGAGCUGAACCAGUAUAUCCAGGACACGUUGCACUGCGUCAAGCCGCUUCUGGAGAAGAAUGAUGUGGAGAAAGUGGUGGUCGUCAUCUUGGACAAAGAGCACCGCCCAGUGGAGAAAUUCGUCUUUGAAAUCACCCAGCCUCCGCUGCUGUCCAUCAGCUCAGACUCCCUGCUGUCUCACGUGGAGCAGCUGCUCCGAGCCUUCAUCCUGAAGAUCAGUGUAUGUGAUGCUGUCCUGGACCACAACCCCCCAGGCUGUACCUUCACAGUCUUAGUGCACACGAGAGAAGCCGCCACUCGCAACAUGGAGAAGAUCCAGGUCAUCAAGGACUUCCCCUGGAUCCUGGCAGACGAGCAGGACGUCCACAUGCACGACCCCCGACUGAUACCCCUGAAAACCAUGACAUCAGACAUCUUAAAGAUGCAACUCUACGUGGAAGAGCGAGCUCAUAAAAGCAGCUGAGGGUGUGCCCGCCCACCGUGGAUGCCACAACUGCCGGACUUUGGGGGCCCAGCCUAGGGCAGUGCUGCAGGGUCACUCUGAUUCCAAGUGCUCUUAUUGCCUCUGUGUAUGGACCACCCACCCUCCAGCCCGGAGGAAUUCCUCCCCAGGAGGGCAGGGAAGGGUGCUGGGACCUCAAUUUCUCAGCCUCCUGGGACUUAGCUGGCCAACGCUGCCUCAAACACUGUGCUGUCAGUUGUUUCAAUAAAGAGCCCCCAGGGCUGA